AUGAGAAGCCAAUUCUACCCUCAAUCUUUGCAGCUCCAGAUGGAAUCUGAGUUCAUCCAACUGAAGCAAAGGAACAUGUCCGUCCUAGAAUACGCUGUGAAGUUUAAUGAGCUGGCUCGAUUUGCUCCCGACCUGGUAACCACCGAUCGUCAGAGAAUGAAUCGUUUUGAAGGUGGUUUGAACUUGGAACUUCAAGAAAAGCUUGUUGCACACAUGAGUCAAUCCUACCAAGAAUUGUAUGAUAGAGCUAUCAACGUCGAGCGGAAAAUGAAGCUUCGAAAAGAGAUAUACGAAAAUGGUAAAAGGAGGGAAAAACCCCAGGAUGGUCGAUCCAUCAACGAUUCCAACAAGAGGCUGAACAUGGGAUUCUCGGAGAACAAUCAUUAUCAAAGACCGUCUCUCCAAUGUAAUAAGUGCGGUAAGCAAGGGCAUUUGGAAAAAGAUUGUCGACAAGGGACAGGUCAAUGUUUCCGAUGCGGUAAACGAGAUCACUUGGUCAGAGAUUGUCCCAUGCCACAUUCUCGAAACCAAAGCGCGAACCACUACGAUCCUAGACGAACUCAAGGAAGCGGACAAAUUUCCGGAUAUAAGGGCACCACAAGUAACACCAACGUUAACAGAAACCCUGCACGAGGAUCUUCGCAAGCUGGAAGAGUAUACGUGAUGCAAUCAACUGGAGCUGAUAAACAUGAAAAUAACGAUAAUGAAACCUUAUCUACUCCCGAUGCUUAA